AUGGCUAAAGAAAAACCAUCCAAAGCUCGACCUCAAGGUCAGAAAUCCAUCUCAUCUUUCUUCGGGGGUGAUAUCAAGAAGAAGAAGAGCAAGCAAGCUACGCCUCCUCCGGAUACAGAUAAUGUAUCUGAAUCCGCCAACGAUACCCAAGUCGAUGAUGUAGUCGAGGACGCCUCAAUGGUUGAAGAUCCAUCUUCGGAUGUGGAUAUGGACGCGCCAUCCGCUAAUUCUAAGAAAGUUCCGAAAUCGUCUGCGCCUGACGCUUCUGACCUCCCACCUAUCAACGACAUCCCAGCCAUUUUCGAUGAUCUUGUCGGCCGCAUACCUCAAAUUAAGGAAGUGGCAGAACACGUCAAAGGUCGAAAGUUACGCGUUGCCACAAUGUGUUCGGGCACAGAAUCACCCCUCUUGGCUCUCGAACUUAUACAAAAGUCAAUACUUGACCAACACGGCCUCAAUCUCGAAACCGAACACGUUUUCUCGUGCGAAAUCGAGCCAUUCAAACAGGCAUACAUUGAACGUAAUUUCCAUCCACCCCUCUUAUUUCGCGAUGUAUGCGAAUUGGGAGAUGAAGAAGCCCACACGGCUUAUGGAGCACUAGCACCGGUGCCAGGCGAUGUUGACAUCUUGAUUGCAGGAACUUCUUGUGUGGAUUACUCAAAUCUGAAUACUCAAAAGCAAGAUAUCGAUGCAAAUGGCGAGUCUGGUCAAACAUUCCGAGGCAUGAUGUCCUGGGUUAAACAGCAUCGUCCACCAAUCGUCAUUUUGGAAAACGUCUGUUCAGCACCCUGGGAUAAAGUCAAGAAGUAUUUCGAAGACGAAGGAUACAGCGCCGAGUUUUCUCGCGUUGAUACAAAGGCUUACUAUAUUCCUCACACAAGAACCAGAGUAUAUCUUAUUGCUGUAAACAAGAGCGGUUCCUCAAUCCCUAAGAAGUGGAAACAGCUGGUUACUAUUGAUUUGAAACGACCCGCGUCGUCCACAUUGGACGCAUUUCUACUUCAUUCAGAUGACCCUCGUAUACACCAAGCGCGACAAAAGCUUGUCCAGGAAGGUUACAAUGCCCUUGAUAGACGAACUGGACGAACCGACUGGGGACGAUGCGAGUCUCGCCAUCAACGAGCAAGACUGGAGGAAGCUCUGGGUGCAAAGCGUCCCCUUACAAGUUGGGAAGAAGGGGGCUUUUGUAAACUUCCUGAUUUUGCUUGGAAUGAUUGGGGUGUCGGUCAAGUGGAACGAGUGUGGGAUCUCAUGGACAUUAGUUUGUUGCGAUCUGCAACGAAAGGGAUAGACCCUUCGUAUAAGACUCAGGUUUGGAAUCUUUCCCAAAACGUGGACCGUACCAUUGGGUCGAACAAGGUUGGAAUUUGCCCCUGUCUUACCCCAUCUAUGAUACCUUAUAUCACCAAUCGGGGCGGUCCAAUGGUUGGUUUGGAGGCAUUAUCCAUGCAAGGCCUACCAGUAGAUAAGCUACUUUUAACACGCGAAACCGAGGACCAGUUGGCUGAUUUGGCAGGCAAUGCCAUGUCAACAACCGUGGUCGGUGCAUGCAUUUUGGCCGCCCUUGUUACAGCCAAAAGCCUGCUCAAAGCUGGAAACGAUUCCGAAACUUAUGAAUUCAAACAUACAGGCGAGAAUUAUGAGGUGGAUGAGGUGCCAUCGGCUACAUUUCUCCCCGCGUCUCGAGGAUUAGUUUUGGCAAGUUCGGUGGUUGGGGAGGAAAACCUGACCAAUAAACCUCUUGACCUAUCCAUUACUGAGGUGCUGUCAUUCAGAGAACUUCUGGACAAUGCCGAGAAGAGCAAACGACUGUGUUCUUGCGAAGGCCGUGUGGAUAUGAGGACGAGGCCACUCUUUCUCUGCAAAGACUGUGGAAGCUCUUUCUGUCAAAAGUGCGGAGGCAGGCCUGAGCAUAAUCCUGAGCUCAUCGACAACGCCAACUCUGUUCGAGUGCACCCUUCCCAAUUUUCGAAGACAUUGAAGUCGACACUUCCUAUGUGUAUAUCACUUGUUACCGUCGAUGAAGCACUUCUCGUUAAACUUCGAAAGGGCGACAAGAUAUCUAUUCCGGAAUCACGUUGGAUCGCAUGGAGUGAAGCUGUCCUGCGAGCCUGCAAGUCCGAACUUCGUUUCGUUGAGCUCAAGAGGCAGGAGGUUUGGACUGCCAUUUAUCAAUCCCCUGCCGGUACUUUGGAGCUGGAACUUCAUCCGAAACAACCUGAGUGGCGUCUCUAUGCAACCGCGGAGGCGGAUGAACCUGCUAAUGCGGAAAUUCGCCAAAUUCUUCAAUAUCCUGUUGGCAGAUUUCUUUGCAAAGACAGUCUUCUCCGUGGAAAAUGGCAAUUUGCUUUCCCGUGUCGAUCAUCCAUUCCUGUCAAGAUUCAAGGUGCCGGUGAACUUGUACCUUCAUGGGAAGCACGUCUAGGUCUCGUGGGUGAAGACUUCAAAAACAAAAUGGUUUUUUCUAAAAUCAAAAUAGCUGUCCCACCUAUCGAUGCCAAAGCCCUGGACCGGGACAUCUCUGGCAUUUACGAACUUCUCGAUAAAUGUGGGACCGCUAACGGGGCUUUACAUCGCAAAGUCGAACCGGAUAAUACGGACCUACCUCCAUUAUUCAUGCUUUUUGAUCCUCAUCGUACUGACGACUCUGAAGAUUGCUUUGUUUUUUCUAUCACUACCCGAAGACUCGAAUAUCAAGAAUACAGGCCUAUCAUCUGCAAGCUUGACCCAUCUUGGAGACAGUCGAGUAAGGAUGAAGAAGAAAUUGUUUCUUGUCAUCUACCAUUCAAAUGGAUAGCGGCAGACUCUGUCGGUCUUCAGGCAUCUUCUGGACAGGAUGCCACUUUUGGUUUACCUGAGCAAACAUUACAUAUACCCAUUUCAAACGAUGCGUGCCGCGAUGCUUACGCAUUAUUGACAUGCAGCGUCUCAUUGAGGGGACAGGCAGGUCCUGAAUGGCCUCAAGGUCAAUGGGCAGACGUCGACAAGGUUCAUGAACGAAGCACAUUUAAGGCUUUAGCUUGGUUGAUGGAACGUAUUCGGCAUGUCGAUGAAAACUUUAAAUCUUGGCAAAAGGUUGAUUCCCUUGGUGACCAUUCUAAUUGCGAACGAUGCGCACCCUCUGCCCCACAGUUACGCUGGAUGUCCAAAAACAAAAAAAUGGUGGCUGUAGAAGAUCCCAUACAGGCAGGAGAGUACGAACGUCGGCUUAAAGGGAGGCCCGCGCCAUUUGUCACUCAACUCAAGUUAAGAGAAGAUGGCGUUGGGAUGGUACGAGUUGGCGUAAAUAUACCCUCGUUAUUGCAUCGCGCCCUCCAUCGUCUACCUCAGAAUAUUCACAACGAACAAAUCACAAUGACAUGGCGGUUAGAUACCAAUUAUACUCCUGCAGCAAACUCUAUCUUCCCCAAAUUCACCAUUUUGAGCAACAAACGUGAUAUAGAGCACUCUCAGCCACCAAGCUUUGGUAUACCCCUUCGCAAAGAGCAACUUCGGUCUCUCGAGUGGAUGAUUAAUCAAGAAUCAUCUGAAGCCCCUCCCUUCAUUGAAGAGGAAAUAUCUGAGGCAAUUCUUGAUCCUCUUGGAUGGAGAGCCGAGGGACGCGUUCAGCGGCCUAUUUAUGUCAGAGGUGGAGUUCUUGCUGAUCAAGUUGGUUAUGGAAAAACAGCUAUUACUCUAGGUCUUAUAGACUGCACCUCAAAAAGCGUGGCGAACGAGUUUGCCAAGAGAGGCCGAAUUGCUGGCAAAGUUCACAUUGAAGGGACUCUCAUUGUGGUCCCUCCUCAUCUUACAAGACAGUGGGCAUCCGAAGUGAGGAAAUUCACGAACAAAAGAUUCAAAGUUCUCGAGGUAUCCACUGUCUCCAACCUCAAUUCGAAGUCAAUCCAAGAUUUCCAGAGUGCAGACAUUAUUAUUGUCGCCUCCAAUAUCUUCAAAAGCACCGCAUAUCUCGAUAACCUCCAGUUACUGGCGGGUGCAGGGGAAUUACCUUCUAAAGAUGGUCGUCACUUCAACUCUCAGUUGGAAAAAACUUUGAGUGCAUUGAAAAGUCAGGUUGAUCGCCUCCAAGAAAAUGGAUCUUCUGCAGUGAUGAAGGAAGUUAAGGAUGCCCAGAAAAGAAUCGAAGAGGAAAUAGCUGCUGCUGCGCUUGUAGCCAGCAAACGAUUGAAGGGAAGAUCGUACCGCGAAGCUGCAAGUCUCAAGCAACGGGAAUCUGGGAAGGUGGCACAAACACAGUCUAAAUCUAAAGAAACAAAGUCGGUGCCAAAGCCAGUCAUCGCACCAGAAUCAAAUUCCCCGCCAAAAAUGAUUGCUAAACCUACCCCUUCUGGACGCAUAGUGGAAGUGGUUAUCCCCAUGUAUCAUCAUUCAUCGACCAAGAGCCAGCAAAGCUCUUCUCGCUCUUCACCGGAUGACGACAAGAAUAGCGAAUCAGAAGAAACCGGGAUGAAGCGAAAACGACGCGCUGCUACCAAAUCAGUUAUAAUCAUUUCUGAUGAUGAAGAUGCUUCCGUCAGCGAGGCUCCCAGUAAAAAGGUAGCGAAGAAGAAUACCUCGAAAUCUUCAAGACCUGUUAAUUCCAAGAAAACGAAGAAAUCAAGGAGAAAUUCUUCUCCCUCUUCUGAUUAUUAUGGAAGCUCUUCCGAUGAGAAUGAUUCAGACGUCGACAUGUCCGAGUUUGACGAGGAAGAGGACGAAGACGUUCCCAAAGGGAAAUCGAAAGUUAAAGGGAAAACUCAAUCUACCCGGAAGGCAAGGCCGACAGGUCGGCUGAAAGCAGCGCCUGUCAUUGUUGACGACUCGGAAGAGACCAGCAACGACAAUGCCAUGGACGUUGAUGAGUCAGAGACCAAACCAGCUAAGAAGGAGGCCUCAAAACGCAAAGCAGCUGGAGAUACUGAGCGCCCAGCAAAGAAACCGAAGCGAACAGACAGCGAUCCUUGGAAACUUGGUUCGAGGGCGGUUCAAAGCGAUUGGACUCUCAUGCAGGCCCCUCCAUUUGAAAUGUUCCAUUUUGCUCGAGUAGUGGUCGAUGAGUACACAUACCUAGAUGGUAAAGUUCAUGCGUUAAUAACCAACCUGACGGCCGAACGUAAGUGGGUACUUUCUGGAACUCCACCAAUUCACGACUUUGGGGCGCUUAAAACGAUAUCCGCAUUUUUGAAUAUCCAUCUGGGGGUUGACGACGACGGUGAAGGACAGUCAGUUGAGGUGAAGAAACGCCGCAAGGAGCAAACAGCUGUGGAACGUUUCCAUUCGUUCCGCGAAGUCCAUAGUGUGCAAUGGCAUGCUCAUAGGCACACUGUUGGUCAAGGUUUCUUGGAUCAGUUCGUACGCCAAAACAUUGCGGAAAUCGAUGAAAUUCCCUGGACAGCUCGUAUUGAAACCAUUGUUCUACCGGCGGCAGAGCGUGCCAUUUAUCUCGAGCUGGAGCACCACUUGCGCUCCCUUGAUAUGACCAUCAAACGUGGAAAGAAGACCGAAAGUGACAGAGAGCGACGACUAGCACAGUCCCUAGGAGAAAGCAAAUCUGCUGAAGAGGCUUUGCUCAAACGAUGCUCGCAUUUCGAUUUGGAAACCUCUAACGAAAACGCCAUGAAAGCCUGUGACGUUAUUGUUGAAGAACGUCAGAGGCAAUUAGACCAAUGCAAAGCUGACCUGCUAAAGGCUCUUAAAGAUGGUGUCAAGCGUGAGAAAAGUCUUGGGAAUACUGGGCAAGAAUCCAUGUUCAUCGAAUAUGUCCGGAUCUCGAGAACGGAAGGCGUCGACGACAAAGAAUCAACUGAUAUUGUCAUCAAGUUACUCGACGAAGCCGGAGCUGGAGCACCCAAGUCCAAACCCAAAGCUCAAGAUAUCCAUUUAUCUGAGAAGACCAAGGCACUUGCCUGGGAGCAUCGGGAAAAAACCCACGAAAUCAGACGCAUCACUAAAGAGUUGGUUGGCCGUGUCAGGUCUCUACGAUACUUCACAGUAGUCCGUGAUCUUCAAAAGCAAAGAGAUCAGCCUGUUCAGGUUUCUUGUCCAAGUUGUAAGAGGGAGAAGUUGGUGCUUGACGAGAUUGCUGUUCUCUCAUCAUGCGGCCAUAUGGGUUGCCUCACCUGCGUCAAAAGCUGCGCCGAGAAAGAGGAGUGUGUCUACGCAGCGUUGGGGCAAUGUAAAGCUGCUGCUCGGGUACUCAACGUCGUCAAAGCCGAAACACUUGGAGUCGAUGAUGAAGAGCGACAUGGCAAAGGGCGUCACUUCGGCAUGAAGCUCGAAAAAAUGGUCGAUUUGGUCAAGAAACGAAUCCCGAAGAAUGAACGCGUCCUGGUUUUCGUCCAAUUCCCUGAUUUAAUGAAGAAGGUGGCAGAGGCUUUCACAGAGCACGGCGUCAAGUAUCUGGAAAUCAAAGGAUCGGCUAACGCAAAGAGUAAAAAUCUUGAACAGUUCCAGAACGACAGCAAAGAACGUGUUUUAUUGCUCAAUGUCAUGGAUGAAAGUGCUAGCGGCGCCAAUCUUACUUCCGCGAACCAUGCUAUCUUCCUUUCCCCACUUCUGGCGCCAUCGCAGGAAAUUUAUACAGCAUGUGAAACCCAGGCCGUUGGUCGUUUGGUGCGAUAUGGACAGACAAAGCAUGUCAAUGUGUGGCGAUUCUUGACAAGUGAUACGAUCGACGAGGAAAUUUACGAGCAGAGAAAGAAGGCUUUGGCUCGAUCUGCUUAA